AUGAAGACAAUCAGGUUUGCGACCGCGCUGCUAGCGGUCGUCUCCGCCCACCGGCUCGGAAGCAAUGGCCCCUAUAGUCGCGAUGGAGAGAGCCGUGAAGCACAUACAUGCACCAUCGAUGGAGGCGCACCUCUCUUUCCGUUCCUGACCAAGCUGAGGGACAGCGCGGUUGAAUUGCUCUUCGGCCGACACCCCACCAAAGACGCUGCCCGAUCGACUACCAGCAUCGACAGUCUGCGCAACAAAUAUGCCAACGAAAUUGUCAUGCGAUUUAAUGUCACAAAUAUGGAAGAGGAGAAAGCGCUCGCUGAAGCAUCCAAUCGCCUAUUCCUCGACGUCUGGGGCGUCAGCCGUGAUUACGUCGAUAUCCGCAUGCCUACAAAUCAGGUCUCGCCGCUCCUUGGCCUACUUCCCGAGAAACUACAGUCUUCGCACUUUACAUUGAUAUCCGACCUUUCGCGAGCAGUAUACGAUUCUCUCCCCAAAGACUUGGCGUCACAUCCUUUGGGGGCCAAAGGGACAUUUGGCCGGUCCCCUAGCCGCCUUACUGUGGAUGAUAGCCUGUUCUUCCUACGAUAUCACCCCUUGAAGACAAUCAUGCAGUGGAUGCAGCUUUUGGAGUCCAUUUUUCCGGAGCACGUCAAAUAUAUGUCCAUUGGGCAAUCCUCCGAAGGCCGUGAUAUCCCCGCCCUUCGGGUCGGCCGCCCUGGCACUGACGCCGGUGACGGCCCGAGAAAGACUAUGGUAAUAACGGCUGGUCUGCAUGCGCGUGAAUGGAUCUCGACCACAACUGCCAAUUAUGUGGCAUGGGCACUGAUUACGGAGUUUAACAAAGAUCCGGUCAUUACCAAGUUUUUGCAUCACUUCGAUGUUGUUAUUAUUCCAGUGUUGAAUCCUGAUGGCAUGGAAUACUCCUGGCAAAGUGACAGACUUUGGCGAAAAUCGAGGCAGGAAACCAGUCUCAGGAUGUGCAAAGGGUACGACCUCGACCGAUCAUUUGGUUUUGGCGAUUCUUCCGAGCACAGGCAAAGCGACCCUUGCUCCGAAGACUAUGGCGGCGAGGAACCUUUCGAUGCCGCCGAAGCCUUGGCAUUCUCGAGAUGGGCCCACGAAGAGACGGAAAAGAAUAACGUGAAGUUUGUGGGAAUGAUCGAUUAUCACUCCUACUCACAGCAAAUUCUCUUCCCAUAUGCAUAUUCGUGUUCGGUUGAGCCUCCGAAUCUGGAGAAUUUGGAGGAACUGGCAGCUGGUAUCGCCAAGACAAUCCGCGUGUCUAGUGGGGAGUCAUAUAGCGUUUCGCCGGCGUGCGAUGCCGCGUUGAUGACAGAGAGGGCGAAGCCUAAUAUUCCGCGCAGCAGGAUCAACGAAGGUGCUGGCUCUGUGAUGGACUGGUUCUAUCACGACAUGAACGCCCACUUUAGCUAUCAAAUCAAGCUGCGUGACCAUGGCCUUUAUGGCUUCCUACUGCCAGACGAGGAGAUUAUCCCGACAGGUCGGGAGAUGUUUUAUGUUAUGAAGUAUGUGGCCGACUACUUGCUGGGCAAUAAUGGGAUUGAGAUGGUGGACGAGACGCCCGAAAACGAUAAUAUGAUGAACCAGGAGCUUCGCCGUCGCUAUAUGCGCCGUUAA